UCUCCAAGGUCCUUCCCACCACAAACCAUUCUCUGGUUGCUUGAAUCAUAUUCCUCCUGCAGUGGACCCCCAUGCCUUAGACUCCCACAGUGCCCAGAAGAUGGAACCCACCGCUCUGUGACAUCAGCCCCGGCACCGAGGGCACCAAGGACACCGUGGCUGCUGUGGGCAUUGCGGCUGUGGCUGUGCUGCUGCACGGAGCCCUCAGUGCUUGCUGCUCACACGAGCCUCUGGCAGCCAUGAACUGGCUCAGCCUCCUCGUCCUGCUGACCGUGGCCGGGCUGGUGCACGGGACAUGGGACAACUGCGGGUAAGUGGCCCCAGGCCCUGGCAGGGAGCCACGGCAACACUUGGGGCCUGCCCUGCAGGGGCCCCGCCUGUCCCCCAUGGCCGGGCCACAGCUUCCCACCCACCAUGGGACAGCCUCAGCUCCUUGCCAGCAGCCAGGUGCUGGCACGGACAGACACACAGCCCAUGGGCUUCCCUGGCCUGCUGUGCCUGCAAGCCCUUGUGGGAAGGGCAGAGAGCUGAGCUUCAGCCAUGAAGCAGCAUGGAAAUCACUUUCUAAUUGCAGAGGGAUAUGUGGGCUCCGACCCAUGGUUUAUGAGUAUGAGUACAUGGCUCAUGAUGAUGAUGCGACACGCGUUGUGGGUGGUGCAGAUGCCAUGCCAGGGGCCUGGCCCUGGAUUGUCAGCCUAAAGCAUCCUGCAAUACCAGGCACAAGACAUCUGUGUGGAGGGUCUCUCAUCACUGCAGAGUGGGUCCUCACAGCAGCCCACUGCUUCGACCCCAUCAGGGAUAUCGGCAUGGUGUAUCUGGUGAUUGGGGCCACCCAGUUGACUCAGCCGGGCCCUGGGGCACAACUGCGCCGUGUUAAGCAGUUGGUGAUACACCAGUACUACAAUCCUGCUGACUAUAGCUAUGACAUUGCCCUGCUGGAAUUGGACCAUCCUGUUCAGUGCAACCCCUACAUCCAGCUGGCCUGUGUGCCUGAUGCCACACUGAGAGUGUCAGAGCUGCAGAACUGCUGGGUUGCUGGCUGGGGUUCCACUGCUCCAAGAGCACAGACAUCAAGUGAUCACCUGCAGGAGGCCACGGUUCAGCUCAUCAAUCUCAAGAUCUGCAACAGCAGCCGCUGGUACGCAGGGAAAAUCCAUAUCCACAACUUGUGUGCUGGUUACCCACAGGGCCUCAUCGACACGUGCCAGGGCUACUUCAGGCAUCUCCAGCUGAAAUUAAUCUACAGCAGCCUGUAA